GCAUUGUUACAUACAGUAAUAAAAUUAUAAUUUGGGUCAAUUUUGGAAUUUGUCCACUCGUAUGAAGUGAGUGAUCCUGGGCAAACUGCGAAUUAAGGAAGUCAGUAAGACGUAAAUUGUAGAUUUUUGAUUAAUUUUUUUUGUUUGUUUGUAUCUUGUUCCUCUCUUCAGCAAGAACAUAUCGUUUUUGUCCACUGUGUGAGAGAUAAUAAUAUAAUAAAACUCGGACGUUAAAUUUCCGUUUAAAUUUGAAAAUGGGUGAAGAUAAGGCUGAUGUUAAUCAAUAGUUCGUGUAUUUGAAGAUCUAGUAGAAAAGUGAAUCUCAACAUCUGAGCGAUGACGGAUCAGCUGAGCCUCCCGACUUCAGACAUGUUCUCCUUCUCGCACUGUACUCCUCUCAACUGUUUCGGUUCUGUAUUCCAGGGGAUUCAGCAAAUUCCAGAGUUUGGAAAAUUCAAAUAUUCAAUCAUAUGUAUUGCUUUUUAAACGGCGGAAUAUUCGUUGGAGCGAGUUGUAAAUUUUCUUUUAGCCCUCACCCUUCACGAUUCCUUUUAGCGAGGCUUUUAUCCCGUACUUUGUCGACACCGUACCACUCUAUUAUUAGAAAUCCAUCCGUAAAUUCACCCUUUUGUACGAAUGUAUUUCGGAAUGAAUGCGCGCAAAACGGCAGAGAUCGACUUUUAAAAUGAAUCUAUCUUGAGUCUGCAGCGGAAGUGUGAAUUAUGACCUUACAACAGACGACCACAAACACAACGAAUCCUGAAAAUGGAACACAAUUAGAAAAUCACAUGUAUGUCCAUUCAAGCAAGAGUCAAGAAUCAUGCCGUAGUGAGUCACAGACGUCAAGUCAUACGUCCACAAAUGUAGAAAUAUGUCGGAUCUGUCACUGUGAAGGUGAUGCAGAGGGUGGCCUUAUCGCACCAUGCUACUGUGCUGGCUCUCUUCGUUAUGUUCACCAGGCCUGCCUCCAGCAGUGGAUCAAAUCUUCCAAUAUCCGCUGUUGUGAGCUCUGCAAGUUCCAGUUCAUAAUGCAUACCAAGACGAAGCCGUUCAUGGAGUGGGAACCACUUGAAAUGACAGGCUUUGAAAGGAGGAAGUUACUGUGUGCAGUUUUAUUCCAUGCAAUAGCUCUCACGUGUGUAAUCUGGUCACUUUAUGUGCUAAUCCAUCGUACUGCAGAAGAGAUACGUGACGGCAUUCUCGAAUGGCCAUUCUGGACAAAACUAAUAGUUGUAGCAAUAGGCUUCACAGGUGGUGUUGUUUUCAUGUAUAUCCAAUGUAAAGCCUACAUGCACAUUUGUCAGAGAUGGAAAGCCUUCAAUAGAGUCAUUUACGUUCAGAAUGCUCCUGAAAAGAAUCCUCUCCAAACACAGACAGUUCCACCGCUUUCGCCCAACAUCAUCUCAGGCACAAGCCAUAAAGCAGAGAAUAUUAGUAAAUUGAAAAACUUUGCUGAAAGUGGAAAUUUUAAAGAUGAAACAAGUAUUGACUUGAAAGGAGUUCGUAAUUUACAUAUAUUUUUUAAUGAUGAGAGUAGUGUUUGUGUUCAAAAUGAGCAAUUUUGUGGUUCUGAUGAAGGUGAUGGAACCUUAGAAGCAGUUAAUGUCACACCAAAUGGAAAUCAAAGAUGUGAAGAUUUAUCAACUUCAUGGCAUAUCAAGAUAGGUAAAAGCUCUGGUGGUGAUCAAUCGUACAUCCCUGUACAACAAAGGAGUGCCGAAGAACCAGGAAAAUCUUCAAUUUCUGAGUAUGGUGAUUCAAGCGCAGACGAUGGCAUUACGUAUAAAGCUGGGGAUGCGCCUUGCGGAAGUAAGAAUGAUUCGGUUUUGAAGUUGCAAACCAAGAAGGCAGAGAUAGUAAUAAAAUUCAAGCAGAGUUCGAUGGAUGACAUAAACGAGGAGGUGCAGAAUAAAGACAGAAAGGAUACUUCCGUAAACAUUAAAAUUGACGACAAUGACAAUGAUCCUAUCGUCAUAGAUGUGGUCACUAAAGGCCAGACUGAGACUAGUAGUAGUAAAGAUCCGGUUAAAAUAUCUUUUGGUUUCAAACAAAACGACGAAGAAAGAGUUGGCGACAAAACCGAUUGCUGCAAUAGCAACUCUACAAAUAAACUGUUUCAGACAGCUUACUUGGACGAUUCUUGUGCUGAAACAGAUGCAGCGUCGCAUUUGCCACUUCUUCCAAAUAAAUGUCCACAAGGAAAAAAUUGACCAUAAGACUGAUUUUUAUUGUACAAUUUCAAUUUAUUGAAUAACUAAAGGUAAUAAAAUUAUAUUACCAUUUAAACAUGAUGGUAGCAACUGAAGAAUUCUUUGUUUUAAAAUAUUACAUAUUUUUUCAGUCGAAGAGAGAUUAAGUUGUUUUAAUUAAGGGGAUUGUUAAAGUUUACACAUUAUUUAUAAACCAUUUAAUGCAAUAAAGCAUAUGGUCUAUUACUGUUGGUAGAAACAAAUUUUAAAGAAAAGUAGAAGUAGUCUUUUAUAGAUUUUAGUAAUUCAUAAAAAUAACCCAAAAAAGCGAGUAAAAAUUGUGUUCACUAUUAUAAAGACUGAAAAAAAUAUUUCACCUUGCGUAUCUAUCAUAAAUUAUUAUGAAAUUUAAUGCUUCCUAGCAACCUGCUCUCAAUUUGUUAUUCCACUUUUUUGAAUAUUGAAAGUACAGUUCCAACUGUAUGUAUUGUUUGUUUAAAUUAGUGAACUUUUUUUUUUUUUAAUCUGCAAUAAAAACAGAGAUAAAAAAUGUACAGAAGUUAUUUACUACAAUUUGUAAUGUACUAUCGUAUUUACACAUUUUACAGCUACAAUGUAAAUUAAUAUUUAUGUUAAUAGAAAUUAUAGUUUCUUUUAUAAAUAUACUUUAUCAGCACAAACACUAUAAUGGAAUAUAAAUUAUUUUUGCUCAUAAAUAAUAAUUUAAAAUAAGAGUAUAAUCAAUUAAACUGUAAAUUGACUGAUGUAUGUACUAAGGUCAAUAAUCAUUAUUAAUUGAGUUAUAUGAAUGAUAUUCGAAAUGGGGAAAAAAAAGAAAAAAAAAA